AUGGCUACACCGACGUCUUCCUCACAUCUCCCCGUUCAUGGUAUCACCAUCGAUUUCACCAGUUCGAGAACGAACAUAGAAUCUGCUGAAGUACGCAUUGACAAAUUCAGUUCGCAAAUUGAACGCGAUGCGGGAAAGAGUUUGCAACAGAAGUUUUCUCAUGGAGAUUCAUUUUCCUUGCACAUACAGUACAAGAAAUACUUUCGGAUGAAGAUCAAAAACAUUGAUCUGAAACCAGGUGACAUGUUCCGCAUAUAUAGUGUAAAUGAAGGACAAGAAUACAUCAAGCAUCAUAUAAAAUUCAGGAUCAUCGUCGCCCUUUCUGAAGCUGAGCUCCGACCUACUAGCUCUGUCAUAUUCCAGAAAUGUCCUCGGUUCCGAAUUCUGGUGAUAGGAAAGACUGGCAUCGGCAAGUCAUCACUGAUCAGCUACGCAUUCGGAGUGGACAAAGGGAUCAUUGCGGAUGGUAAGGCAGGCGCUGCCGACAUCGAAGAGGGACUCGAGUCACUUCGGAACAAAAGAUUUGUUCUCCACGAUAGCAAAGGUUUUGAGCCGGGGGAUGAAAAGAACCUCGAAACUGUUCGAAAUUUCAUUGUCCAUCGGAAGGGAAUGUCUCCGGAACAUCAGUUGCAUGCUAUUUGGUUUUGCUUCGAGAUACCUCGUGCAGGCGGACCUUUGCUAGAGAAGGGAGCGGAGGACUUCUUAAGAUGGAAAAGGAGUGAGAUACUGGGAGACGUUCCCGUUAUCGUCGUUUUUACCAAGUACGAUAUGCUCAUCAGUCGCAUGAGACGAACUCUGGAUGAAACUUCUCUCGAACUGAGCGCCGAAGACAUCAAGAAACACGUCGAGAAAAAAGCAGACACCGAGGUUCAGGAUAACUGCGUUGAACCGCUAAGGCAGUUUGCAGGGCCUGAUAUUCCCUAUGCUGUAGUCUCUACUAGAGAAAACUUCAGGAAGACACUCAACAACCUGAUCGAAAAAACCGAACAUUGCGUCGAUCAGCAUUCUGCUCCCGACUCUGAGGCCGCAGUGAUGACCUCCAUCGCUCAGCGAGUGCAUCCUGGACUCAAAAUAGAUGCAUCGAUCAAGAUAUUUGAAGCGCUUGCAUCAUGCGCGAUGUUCAAGAACCGCCAGAUGGUGCAUUGUCUAGGUGUGCUUCACACUGACAUCGUUGACGUGUGGAACUUCGAUGACCCUCAUCUUUACUUGCACAGCGAAGAUUUCAAGGUUAUAAUGAGGAACAUGAUCAAUAAUACAAAAGUUGAACCUACACCUGAUCCCGUCCACAACAUAGGUUCUUGGUUGUCCAUAGUGAGCGCUAUUGCUGGUAUCGCGGCCGCCGUGGCCGCAGCGGGACCUGCUGCACCCAUCGCAGCACCAAUCGCAGCAGGCGUCGUACUUGCCAUAUAUGUUGGCCAAGUCUACCAGACAUCCCAUGCGGUGAUUCAGAGCUCCAUGGCCUACAUCGCCCACUUGACGCUUGUGUUGCAGACACUCUAUCUCCUGUCAGAAAGUCGGACACUCACUCUUAGGGCUAUUGAGCUCGCGUCUAAUGCCUACGUCACCUCUCCAAUGAAGGGAGAAGUUUUCACUCGGAUUCAGGAUUAUGUUACGUCGUUGACCAUCCUGGAAGUCGCGGAUAGAGGUACCAUGGAUAAAAUCAUUGAGGUGAUACAAUUUUAUAAGAUCGAUGCGGCACAAGUGUCCGAACUUCGGGAUCAGAUCCGCCAUGUAGAUUUGUCGGUACUGGACGAGUCAUGA